AUGCUAUCAGUACUGAAGUUUCAUCUCCUUCCAAAAAUUCAGGAUUACACAAUGUCAGAUUAUCUAUGCCAAGAGUUGAUAAUUGCAAUGUUCACAAGACUGCCGCCCAAAUCCCUCCUCCGGUUUAGAUCACUCUCCAAAUCAUGGUAUUCUUGUAUUUCUAGUCCCUCUUUCAUCCGCAUGCACGGUUCUCGAUCCACACAAAAACUCCUCCUCAGACAUCAUCUUCGUUAUGGCGUUGAAUACUUCCAUACAUUAUUGUCAGAUGACUUUUAUACAUUACAUUCAGAAGACCAGUUGCCAUUGUGCCCCACAGAAGGAUACAAUGGUAUAACAGCAGUCCAGUUUCCAUGUAGCAGAGCUUUCAUAAUUGUUGGUUCAUGUGAUGGAAUAUUCUGUUUGAGUGAGCAUAAGAAGGGAAUUAGUCUAUGGAACCCUUCAAUAAGGCGCAAAAAAAGCCUGCCUGAUUGUCCACGGAGACCUAGAGGCCCUUUGGAAGGGUUUGGGCUUGCGCUUGGGUUUGGUUUCGACCCAAUCAGUGAUGAUUACAAUAUUGUCCAGAUAUCAUACGCCAGAGAAAGUUCAUAUUUUUAUUCACUAAAGACAGGCAGUUGGUGUGCGAUAGCCUCCCCUACACCUUUUUUUUCUGAAGUAAGGAGAGGCAUUUGGGGGUCAUGUUUUGUGAAUGGAGCUUUGCAUUGGGUGGUUGAUCGUUAUCAUACAGAAUCACAUCACAGUGAGAUUCCUUGUAUAAUGACAUUCGAUUUGAGCACUCAUGUUUUUGGCAUGAUUCCAUUGCCUGAACCCUUUCGGAGAUUGACAAGACUAACAACCUUCCAAGGUUCUCUAGCAAUGAUUUCUGGGUAUGAUGAUAACAGUUACUAUAGUGAUUGUUGGAUUUGGGUGAGGAGAGAUGAUUCUUGGUCUGUCGUUUAUAAAUCGAAAGAAAAUCAGUUUAAAGGAGGAUCAAUUAUGGGAGUUUUGCAACCGACCAUCAAUAGAGAUUUUUUGCUUUCCGCUAUGAAUGAUCAGGGGAUGGAAGUUUAUCUUAUUAAGAUGGGGACACAAUCAAGACUAGUGGAAUUCCAUGCUGCUUCUUUCAUAUCCGAGAUUGUUCAGUGUGUCGAAAGCCUUCAUUUGUUAGAAAACGCAUGCGAAGCAAAUCAACUAUUGGUUUCUUGA